AGAAACUUCACCUGCCAUCUUCAGCCUCGUUAGGAAGCCUAUAUUGCUGCCCUUUUAUUCAUUUUACGGUCGGGAUGUUGGCAAUGCUCGACGUGGACGAUUGAUGUGCCGAUGGAAGAGUGAAAGUCAACAAAAUGGCUGAGCGUAAGAUGUCAGAGGCUGGUUCUGCCAAGGUGCAGAUACCUGCUGCUUCAUUUCCCACGCAUAACUCUCCUCGAGUAUGGUUCUUGACGUCCUCGCUGUCUCCACUGGCUGUGAGGCUGAUCAGACUACUUCUUGCACAUGGCGACUAUGUCGCAGCGGGCUUACCGCCUUCAGAAAUGGAGGACGAGGACCGAAAUGCCGAAUAUAGAGAGUUGAUCAAUGAAUGCAGGAGUGGGAGGAAAGACCGGGAAGGAUGGAAAGAUAGGAUACGUGGCAUAAGAUGCGAUGGGCGAGUGAUGGGACAAUGCGGUGCUGCUGUAGCAGAAGCUGUUCAUACAUUUGGACGCAUAGACAUUUUGCUAUGCUGCACCUCGGAAGCUGUUGUCGGCACUGUCGAAGAGCUUUCAACCUCGACUGCAACACAGAACCUUGUUCGCGAUCAGUUCGAAAUCAUAUUCUUCAGCCAAGUCAAUUUCAUCAAAGCGACACUACCACUUUUGCGGGAAAAGCACAACGGCCACAUCAUCAUUCUCACAAAUAUAGGUGGACAUAUAGGAACUCCCGGGAUGCCAAUGUAUUGCGCUUCAACUUGGGCACUAGAGGGAUAUUGCGAUUCGCUAGCAUACGAAAUUGCACCUUUCAAUAUCAAGCUGACUAUCGUUCAGCCAAACAAGGAGAUCACCGUCUUGACGAACAAGAUUACCUUCGCCCCUCAACUGCCUCAAUACGAGAGCUCCAUCAACCCAGCACCCGGAUUGAGAGAUAUCCUCACGAACGUCGUGAAUAUGCAUCCAGACACAAGAAUAGACGGAGCGAAGAAUGGCAAAGAGAAGAUCGUCUCAAGAUACCCAAGAUUGCCCAGUGAUGCACGAGAUAAGCUUGUGCUGGAAACAGUGCAUGCUUUGGCAGCCAUAGGAGGACACGAGAAUCCUCCAGCUCGACACAUUGUCGGAUACGAAGGUGUAACAUCCGUGAAGGAGAAGUUGAAAACAGUUAGUGAGGAGUUGGAAGAUUUUGUAGAAGUCAGCUGUGCUGUAGAUAUCUUCAAGAGCGAGGUUGGCAGAGCAGCUCUUUCUGGUCUAAAGGUGGACACAAAUGCUCCGGGAUCAGCGUUGGCAGGCCCAUCAACAUGAAUCCUUAUCUUAUCAGAAACAUAAUGCUUUUAAAAUCAAAACUUCCAUUUGAC